GCGCACGCUUCUUUUUUUGUUGCGCGCGGAUUGCCAUGCCUGGUGAGCCAUGGCAAGCAACAUGCCGAGCAAUAUGCGGAUGGCAAGCCCAGCGCUGCAACGCGACCAGUCGCUGAGUUCCAACCUUACGAACCAGACCUCCAACGAGCCUCAGACGGAGGAGCAGGCAUGGCGGCACUGCCUCAUGGGGAGGCACACCUUCCAGGAGGCCAAGCGCUUGUUGGAGAGCCGGGCUGAUCCCAACUGCAGGCUGAAGUACAAGCUGGGCCCGAAGGAGUUCGAAGGCACGCCGCUGACUCUGGCGGUGAAGCUGGACAAGCCCUCCAUCGUGCGGCUGCUCUUCUCCCACAAGGCGGACCCGGAGUCCCGCUACCAGAUGAGGGCGGGCCGGAGCGGGGUGCUGUGGAACGGGCCCGCCGUUUGUGCCACGGUGGCCAAGGGCAACUUGUCGAUGAUGAGGCUGCUGGUGGAGUACGAGGCCAACCUCUCGGGUCGCCUCAUCAAGUUCAACGAGGAGCCCAAUGUUACGCUGCUCUACGAUGCCAGCUACUUUGGUCACUCGCACCUCGUGCGCUUCCUGCUGCACCAGAAGGGCGAGCCGGAUCUCUUGGUGAAGUUUCAGGACGACAUGAGCGUCACCAAGACCGCGCUGCAGGUCGCGGCCAGCCUGGGCCAUGACGACGUGGUGCGCGUGCUGCUGGGGGCGAAGGCCCAGAUCUGCCCGGCGGACGAGCACGGGGGGCCCUACGAGCUGCGAGAGGCCAUCGAUGGGUGCCACGUGGAGGUGGUGCGCCUGCUCGUGGAGGGCGGCGCGGAUUUGUUCGGCGGCGAGGAGGGCAGGAGGGGGGUGGACUACCUCUUCGACACCAACAACAUGGUGCUCAUCGCUGCCGCAGCCAAGGGGCUGCGGAAGUGCGACGAGGACCUGGUGGACAACGUGAGCAUCCGGGACUUUGUGCGUUUCCUGGCCACGCCGGACGCGGAAGAGAUCUUGUCGGCGGUUUUUCGGAACUGCGACCUGAGGUACUGGAAAAAGGAGAAGCGUGUCAUUUGGAAGACGGCCUACAUCCCAUACGGCGAGAUGAACGUGUCCACGGGCCCGCGCAAGGACCACUUUGACGAGAAGUUCCACCGGGAGAUGGAGCGGGCCAGUGGUGACCAGGUGGUAGCGCACUACACCGACAAGGAGUUGGAGCAAAGGGACGAGACCUUCCUUUGCCAGCUGCUGCCCCACCGCUUCGAGAAGCUCGAGAACAUCUCCCAGGUGCCGGUCUCCAUCUACCACUGCCUGCUGCCCGGGCUCCAUAGGAACCCAGAGGUGCUGUGGGUGCUGGCCAGCGGGGUGAACGACCGGGUCUUCGACGAGAGGGGGGCCCGGGCCAUCAUCAACCUGGCCUGGCAGGAGGCGUCCAGGCACCAGGUGAUCACCUUCCUGCUGGACCUUUCGGUGGCAGUGCUCUACUGGGGCCUGGCCUUCCUGCUGAACGACCGCCGCUUGCAGGACGCGGCGGCUUUGCGCGCGGUGGUUCUGGUGGUGCUGAACAUGAUUUGGUGCCGGAGCUGUUUCCUGGAGGUUCUUCAGUGUAUGGGCUUCCAUGCCUACGGCCGGCUCUGGGACUACUUGUGCUCUUAUGAGAACUUGCUGGAUGCCAUCAGGAUCCUGCUGACGGGGUUCAGCCAGAUUGCGCUCCUGACCAACUGGGCGGACUUCGGCAGCAACCAGGUGCUGCGGGUGAUCUUCGCCCUCACCGGCUUCGUGCGGUGGCUGAGGGUGCUGAACACCCUCAAGGGCUUCGAGAGCACGGGCAAGCCCAUGCUGCCCAUCCUACAGGCAGUGCCUGCCACGGUGCCCUUCUUUUUCGUGGUCUUCUGCUGGUUCUCAGGCUUCAUGCACAUGUAUUACUCCUUCGGCUUGACCGAGUGGUGGACUGCUGGCAUGAUCAUGUAUCGCCUGGGCUUCCUGGCAGACUUCUCGCGGAACGAGAUGGCGCCGGUGGACGUGGACGAGACCUGGGAGCUUUGGGUUGACGUGGUUUUGGUCUUCAUGGGCCUGAGCAUGUCCAUCAUCCUCAUGAACAUCCUCAUCGGUGUGCUUGCGGAGAGUUACAACAGGGGCUGGGAGCACCGCGAGCGCUUGUUCCUGCUGGAGCGGUCCCGCCUGGUGCUGCAGCACUUCACCACCUCCGCGGGCUGGAAGCGGUGCUGCUGCAUCUGCAAGCGCCGUGUGCACGGGGAGGAGGAUGACUCCUAUGUGUGGUUCGUCUACCCCAAGGACCCCUCCAGCUGGGGGGAGAUCACUUCCGAGUACGACCAGGAUGCCAUGAACGUCCACGAGAAGGUCACGGAGCUGCGGCGGGAGAUCCGGGAGAUGCACGAGAAGCUGGUGGAGCGGCAGCAUCAGGAGUCGCACGAGCGCGGCUUCGGCAACGCGAGCUUUGACAGCUCGGGGAAGCGGCUCAACUCCUUGGAGUCCAACUUGGAGAGCCUCCGGGCGCAGCUGGACAUGGGGCUGAACAGCAUCACCGCGAUGCUGCGCGAUCGCUGAGUUGGCUUGUCUCGCCUGAUCGCGCGGCAACGCAUCUCCUCGAAUGGAGACCGCGGCAAGCGCCGUGGUGCCCUUUUCGCAGCACGGUGGGGGGACAAAAACGGAGGCAGUCUUAACCCGCA